ACGUUACUCAUAGGACGUCAUGCGGAAAUACAUUAAACAAAGAUGGCAGCGUCCUUGAUAAGCAAAUGUUGACUGCAGUGAAGUGUCAAACAUGCCCCAUAGUAGUAAUUCAUUCUCAGAACGGCGACGUGAAAGCUGACAAUAGAAGACUUUGAACAGCUAACAUGGAAAAAAGAGAAUUCACUGCUUCGCUAGUGGCAGGGGACUAUGCAGUGUUUCUGAGUUGCCUGAAGAUGACUGUGUUUGUUCGCUACAUGCUAGGCGGGGGGCUGUGCUGGGAUGUGUGUGGACCUCACCCUCUUCCCCCUGGACACCAUUAAGACCAGACUGCAGAGCCAGCAGGGCUUCACCAAGGCUGGGGGUUUCCGGGGCAUCUAUGCAGGGGUUCCAUCUGCUGCCAUCGGCUCUUUCCCCAAUGCUGCUGCGUUCUUCGUCACUUAUGAAAGCACCAAGUCCAUCCUCGGAGCCCACGGAGCCCUCUCAGCCCCACACAUGGCACCUGUCACUCACAUGCUUGGUGCCUCCCUGGGAGAAGUAGUGGCAUGUCUGAUCAGGGUGCCUACUGAGGUGGUGAAACAGAGGACUCAGGCCUCGCUGUCCUCCAACACCUACCAGGUGCUGCUGGCCACUCUCAGAGAGGAGGGUGUCAGAGGCUUGUACAGGGGCUACAAGAGUACGGUACUCAGAGAGAUCCCAUUCUCUCUGGUCCAGUUUCCACUGUGGGAGUAUUUAAAGACUCAGUGGUCAUGGAGGCAAGGUCACACUCUCUACUCUUGGCAGGCUGCAGUGUGCGGAGCUUUUGCAGGUGGAAUAGCAGCGUUCGUCACCACUCCCCUGGAUGUGGCUAAGACCAGGAUCAUGUUGGCCAAGGCUGGGACUAGUACAGCGAGUGGAAACAUCCCACUGGUGCUGUUAGAUGUGUGGAAGACUAGGGGCUUGACGGGUUCCUUAAUCACACUCGGCUGGGGAGAGAGAAGACCAGGGACGGGGUGGGCUUCAACACACUCGGCUGGGGAGAGAGAAGACCAGGGACGGGUCUGUUUUCUGGCAGUAUACCUCGAGUCACGUCCAUCAGUCUGGGAGGUUUUAUCUUCCUGGGUGCUUAUGAGAAGGUCCGACGCACCCUGCUAUAAAGACCCUGUCCCUGGCCUGGGGAUGAGGGCAGGUGGGAGAGGGCCCUGUGCUGUGCUGACCCAGCCUGAACUGGCCCCGAGGAGGGACACCUGGUGUGAGUCAUCCCUGAUCGCAUUACCCAGAGGUCUGCGUUCCUGCUCAUCAGUGCGCUGCAGAUUGAGUUUAACUGAGUGAAUUCCAUUUUAACAGCAAGGAUCGCAUAUCUCUGAGCCGAGUAUCUUCACUAUGACCAUGUGAGUGGAAAUGGUAUUAAAAGCCAUAUUUUUACACUA